AUGAUACCCACUCCUGUCACACUCUCCAAUGGCCUCCCAACCAUAAUCACCACAGCCAUCUCCAACCUCGAAACAGUCAAACAAACCCGCCACAGCAUCGGCGGCGCCAAAGAACCACUAGACUCCAUCUCCGCUCAAGCCGACAUCCUCAUCCGCUCCCUGCUGCUUAUCAAAGACAUCCACUCCCUCCAAACCUUGCGAGUAGGCGAGCAAAUCUACCAGAUCAUGGAUCUCGCCUCCCGCUUGGGCGCAUCGAUGCUGGUGAUUGCCGCAGACAGCAGCCGCCGGACGACGUCGACGACAACUCCUCCCGAAGGGCAAGAGAUCAUCACGCCGGAUAGCUACGUCUAUGGACACUUACAGACUAUGGAGGGGCAGUUGCGGGAGGCAAGAGAUACGCUGUUUGAGCUGGUCAGGUCGGUGCUCGUGGGGGUGUCGGGGAAUCCCAAGGAUGGGUUUCGGGUGGUGAAGGGGGAUUUGGUGGGGGUGAAUGACAGGGUUAGGGAGGUUAUGGGCGUUCAGAUGAGGUUGUUUGAGCGGUUGAGGGAGAGGAUAGUAGGGGAAGGGGAAGGGGAUGCAGAAAAUGCAGUCAUCGAGCUUGACGACACGGAUAUUGAACAUCUCGGGUUACCCCGUGUAUCGGGGGAUCUGGUCGAACAAUGGCGCGCCACGGUGGGGGUUGAGACCGGCAUCACCCGAGAGAACGGGCAGUAA